CUUCAUCGAACCUCCAGCACUCUUCGGGACCUGCAGCAGUGCUUCUGCCUGCUAGUCCGUCCAGGAUUCUCCUCUGCUUCGCCUCUUAGCGGCAAUGGCGGCGGCUUCGAGCCGCGGUGGUCCAUGGGGAGGGUUGCUGUGCGGGCUGGCGCUCAUCCUGAUCUGCGUCAUGGCGUUCUCCAUCCGCCUCUUCUCGGUGAUCAAGUACGAGAGCGUCAUCCACGAGUUCGACCCCUACUUCAACUACCGCGUCACUCAGUUUCUCUCGAAGGAGGGGUUCUACAACUUCUGGAACUGGUUUGAUGACCGCACGUGGUACCCUCUGGGCCGAGUCAUUGGCGGAACGGUCUAUCCGGGCCUCACCCUCACUGCCGGCACCAUGUGGUGGCUGGCCAACGCGCUCAACUUCCCCUUCUCUGUGGAGACGGUGUGUGUCUUCACGGCGCCGGUGUUCUCGGCCCAUGCAGCGUGGGCCACCUUCCUCUUUGCCAAGGAGGUCCGCGGCACAGGAGCAGGCCUGACGGCCGCCGCUCUCAUUGCUAUGGUGCCGUCGUACAUCUCUCGCUCUGUGGCUGGGAGCUACGACAACGAGGGGGUGGCCAUAUUCGCCCUCGUCUUCACCUUCUACCUCUACCUCAAGACACUCAACACGGGCUCUCUCUUCUACGCUACAGCCAACGCAGCAGCGUAUUUCUACAUGGUCAUGUCGUGGGGCGGCUACACCUUCAUCAUCAACCUCAUCCCCAUCCACGUGCUCCUCUGCAUCGUCACCGGCCGCUUCUCCUCGCGCCUCUACGUCGCAUUUGCUCCUCUGAUCAUUCUCGGCACGCUGUUGGCGGCGCUGGUGCCAGUGGUGGGCUUCAACGCUGUGAUGACGUCUGAGCACUUUGGAGGAUUCCUGGUGUUUGUGGUGCUGCACAUCGCUGCAGCCAGUUACUACAUCAAGUCGCUGCUGCCCGCUAAGGCCUUCCGCGUUGCUCUCACUCUCAUCGUCUCUGUCGGCACAGUGGCAGCAGUGGCGCUGCUCUCCGCCCUCGUUGCCAUGGUGCUCGCCAGCCCCACGCUCGGCUGGACGGGUCGCUCGCUCAGUCUUCUUGAUCCCACGUAUGCAUCCAAGUACAUCCCCAUCAUCGCCAGUGUGAGCGAGCACCAGCCGCCCAUGUGGACGUCCUACUUCAUGGACCUGCAGCUGCUCGCCUUCCUCGCCCCUGCGGGCCUCAUUGCAUGCUUCCUGCCGCUCACGGACGCGAGCUCCUUCGUGGCUCUCUACCUCGUCGUCUCGGUGUACUUCUCCGGAGUCAUGGUGCGUCUGAUGCUGGUGCUCGCCCCAGCGGCGUGCAUCACAGCAGGCAUCGCAGUCAGCGCUCUCUUCGACGUCCUCACCCGCUCCGUCAAGGCCUCCAUUGCCGACAUCGUCGACCUUGCCUAUGCUGCUGCGAAGCAGGACAAGGCGGCGAAGGAGGAGACUGCUGCUGAGGCUGCCAGCAAUGCUGGUGAGGCGAGUCAGGCGAAGGAACGCAAGGCGGCCGGGGGGAGGAAGAAGAAGAGCAAGGAGGGCGAGGGGGAGGGGGCGGAUGAAGAUGAGGAGCCCUCUGCUGCUGCUGGUGCUGGUGCUGCUGGGGGGAAGAAGGGGGCGAAGGGGAAGGGGAAGGGGAAGGUGGGGAAGGAGAAGGCGAAGGAGAAGUUUCCACUGGUGGUGGCGGGCGAUGCUGCAGCGGUGGGCAUCAUCCUCAUGCUCGUUGGGCUGGCUUUCUACACGAUGCACUGUGUGUGGGCGGCAGCAGACGCCUACUCGGCCCCCUCCAUUGUGCUCUCGUCCCCCACCAACGACGGCGGGCAGUACAUCUUUGACGACUUCCGUGAGGCGUACGGCUGGCUGCGCCACAACACCGAUGAGAAUGACAAGGUGGCGUCAUGGUGGGACUAUGGAUACCAGACCACUGCCAUGGCGAACCGCACGGUGAUCGUGGACAACAACACGUGGAACAACACGCACAUCGCCACGGUGGGCAUGGCCAUGUCAUCGCGGGAGAAGGACGCGUGGGACAUCUACCGCUCCAUCGACGUCAAAUACGUCUUCGUGGUCUUUGGAGGCCUCGUGGGCUACCCCAGCGACGACAUCAACAAGUUCCUCUGGAUGGUGCGCAUUGGGGGCGGCGUCUUUCCGAGAAUCAAGGAGCCCGACUACCUGCAAAAUGGCAACUACCGCGUUGAUGCGGAGGCCACCAGCACCAUGCUCAACUGCCUCAUGUACAAGCUCUCCUACUACAGGUUUGCUGAGGUGGACGGGAGGGGCUUUGACCGAGUGAGGCGCACGGAGAUUGGCAAGAAGAACAUCAAGCUCACGCACUUUGAGGAGGUGUUCACGUCGCAGCACUGGAUGGUGCGCAUUUAUCGCCUCAAGGAGCCCAGAAAUCGGCCUAGGGGGGCUGGCAAGAGGCUCACACGUGUCUCUGCCAGCAAGGCUAGGGGUCGCUACUAGGUUGAUGCAAGCCAUGAAUUGAGGGUUUAUUUUAGUGAAGGCUUUAUGGGUAUAUGUUAUGCCGACGUAACGUUAUUUCGAAUUAUAAGGCGGCAUGUUGUGAUUUUGUGAGAAAUGCUGCGAACCUUUUGGGGGGGUUCCUCUUGUUGACCAAUCACGUUACGGAGAGCUGCCACU